UAUCUGUUAUUAUUUUUCGCUAUUCCUGCUCAGGAAAAUCGCACUGACGAUGCAGAAUCAAGACUCGUUAAUCAUCUUAUGAAAAACUACGACAUGAAAAGGCAAAUACUCCCAACAAAUAACCGCUCCAAAGCUGUGGUCGUAACCUUUGACAUGGCAUUCAGUCUGCUUGUUGAUUUGGUAAGUACAGUUGGGUUGUUAACUCAAUCUCGGUACAAUUAAUUCAGUUUUUAUGGAGUUAGCCCGCUUAGCAUGGGUCGUGGUUAAUCGGCAGCUGAUCCUGCCCCCCUGCCGCAGUAGUAGGGCUGUUUGAGGACAAAAACAACGAUCCCUGUUGUUUCUGCGACGGUUAGGCCUUUAUUUCUUUCUCUCGAAAAUAAUAAUUUAAAAAAACCUAGUGAUUAGCUAAUUCAGCAAGCUGCACAUCGGUAAACAAUACCAAAAGGAAAUAAAUUUAUCUACAAUUUAUUGUGGUAAAACACAGGAGAGAUUCUAGUUCUGGAAAAAGAAAUCCCCUAGCUCAUUGAAAAAAUAGAUCUAGUUGAAGAGAGGUGUUCUGAGGUACUUGAAUAAGCUCUCAGUUGAAACACUUCUAUACAUACUUGGGGCUGACUUGCUCAGUUUGGCAACCCAAAUAAACUCACGCAUUUCUGACGCUUUCUAUUCACGUGGCAGGAUGAUCAGUUACGGAUAUUUUCGUAAACGGUAUCGUUUUGGGGAUAAGUUUAACGGAUAGAUAUCGUUCUCGUGUAAACAUCCAUAAACACACAGGUUUCCAGUGCGUUUUGAUACAAAACUCUUAAAGGGCUCGUGUCGGUAUAAUUUCAUUAAAAAUCAAUCUUGUCAAAUAGAACUUUGGUAAAAAUAGAUUAACAUUUUUGCGUAGGGUAAAUUAAAAACAAUUAGAUCAAAUAAGCUCUGGAAAGGGCAACGCUGUUACUGUAAUAAGCAAGCUGCACUUAAUUUUCGAUUGAUCAAUCGUCAAGGAUUUUGCUCUGAAACAGACUUAAAUUCCCAAGAGUCAUAUUCUCAAAGCUUAGGAACCAAUUAUAUUGUAUCUUAUGGGUCUGAUAUCAAUAAAUAGCAGUAUCACUGGACUACUUUCUUUUAUAGGCCACACUUUGGGCAGAGAAUUCUGUCGCUACAAGUUCGAAACAUUUUGGAAAAACCUAUUUUCAACUAUUAUCUGAGUUUGUUUAAUAGCUUUUAGUAUAAAACGUCACCUGAAGAGCACCUUUUCAGCCAGAUGGACAAUACAACUGAAAUAAUUGGUUCAUCCGUUAAGCAAAAGGUCUCAAUCAGUAUAUCUUUGGUCGUAUAAUUUUACGCCCUUUUUGUGUAACUAGUUCAUAGAUAAUUAAGAUUUAGAUGCUGAUAGCUAAUGAGUUGUGAAUACUGUGAAGAGAGUCGGCUGCUUAUGCAUUCGAUUUCUUUCGAAGAAGGCUGUCGAAAAAAGAUCACACGACAAUCCCGAAAGGUAUUGUGGGUGGUUUUGAGUUCAAUGUUCAUCAAAGAAAUUUGAAAGAAUGGCACGGGAGGCCAUGGACGUAUGUUUGCGAGUGCUAAAGCAGAGCAACAAAAGUAGGUGCGACAGCUACAGUCGUCAGGAACAGUGUAUUGAUCAUAUCCCAUAUUACGUUGUCGCGUGCACAUUUGUGUGUAAAUUCAGACGAUAUGUCUGGCAAAAUAUUUCCUAGAGCCAGCUGGCCUUUCUUCUGUAGUGAGCAAAAAAUAUACUUUUGUUAGCUUCCCGCCCUCCCGCACAGGUCAUUUCCUAAUAAAUGACUGAUCAAAUGAAAUCACACUAAUCCAAUGAACCAUAUGUUUCUGUUGUUCAGUAGAGUCAAACAGCUCCAAGAUUAAACAGCCGCACCCUUCGCAACAACUUUUAACUCAACGAUACAUUUAGAAUGAUUAUUUUUCUUUGUUGUUUUACUCGUCAUACCUCUGAGCCAGAUAGUAAUCAGUAGUUUUCAGCUUUCAGUGGGCUGGUAACUUAGUAAACUUUGAGUGUGCCCACUUCACUGAAAUAUCGUUUCAUUCACUUUAGUUUUUUUUUAUCUGCGAUAUUUCAUGUAUCUUAUAGUGUUUGGGUUUUGCAGAACGCAUAGCGAAGGCAUACAAAUCAGGCCUAAAAUAACGUAGACUCGUGUGUUGUUUGUUUCAAUUUAACGACUUUCCUGAGUUAUCCUCACUCCAAGUUUACGAGGCCUGGUAUCACAAAAUGAGACUGUCUUAAAACCAGCUUGAAUACUUCUUUUAUCUCUUGAUAACUCACAAAACAGUCGGCAGACCCCAAGGCCAAAGGUGUUUAGAGUUAUCCGAGCAUCGGACAAUGUAAUACAAGAAUCCUUUAAACGCGAUGUCGAUUAGGUUUGGUGAACAAGCCGCAACUAUAGUGUUGUUAUCAUUUCUCCAGACAUUACGUCUAAAUCUUUUUUGUUAUCUUGACCUACGGAUGUGGAGAGGUACACCGCAUAGUCAUAGGGCUUUCACAGUAGGUUCCAUUUGUGGAGGAUGUAAUCAAGAAUGACUCAGCGACUGAUAUAUAAGUAAAUUUAGUUUUCAGUCAUAAAAGUGAUGUAAAAUAGCUUGGGUUUUUAACGCUGUUUUAAGCUGUUUAAGUGUAUUUUAUCGGAAUAUUAUGAUAUAAACACAUAAAUGUUGCAUUGGUAAAGUACACGCAAGGCCACUUUCUUCUCGCCAAGGCCCGGUUCUCACUACACCCCAAACCAUGCCAAUAGUUUUUAAAGGAUGUACAGCCCAGUGGGUGACGGUUUGGCAACGUCAAUUUGGAUUUUGACAUAUCAUUCAGUUAUAGGAGGCCCUAUUUUUCUGUUUAGUGCAGUCAAUUAUAAACUCGAGAGACUUUCCUAAGGCACAAGGUUUUUAAAAUGUGGCCUCGAUAAAGCUAAUUAAAGUCAUUGUCGGCGUUGGCCAUGGUGGUUGAGUGUAGGAUAUACUGGGGUCUUUAAAUAGGGUAUGUGGGGUCUUAAAACAAACCUGAAAACACAUGUGAAAACGGAAGUGCGGUGCAACUAUGCGGUAUGAGCCUUUCUUAGUUAAGAGUAUAUUGGGGAAAAUUUUGGGCAAUUUUGGGUUUGUUAACUAUAUUAUUUUCGGUUAAGUGAUAUAAUACUACUCCAUGGCCACAACAUGCUAAAGAAAGGUACUCUCGGUAUACAUGUAGCCCAGGAAAAAUCGGAUCAACAAAGAAUUUCAAAAGCAUACCUCAACCGUCUGAAUAACAGUAACACAAGUUACGAAGAUGUCUUCAAAAUAUGGGAACGUUGUCUUGUUUGCAGACGCUUACAAUAGUACGUGAUGUCUGAUUUACUGGCGAUGUACACGAUUUAAUUCAAUGUUGUUGUAAGGAAGCAGCGCAAACACAAGUUUCCGGUGUAAUUUUUCUAAUUCGAUUACCGCUCAGUGUAUAUAUAAAUAGAAAUCCACUCAGUUGUCCAGGGUGAUCCUUAUUUAUUCAAGGACGUCCUACUAAGUUGUAAGUCAGUGAAGCCGAAUGCGCGGUUCUAACUUUCAGUAUAGUGAAUUGUAAGUCCUUUAGUUUGUGCCCUGUUAACUCUUUCACUUUAAUGUAUAAGUACCCUAAGGUAAACUAUUGAGAAAGAUUCCAAGUUUCAAUUCGGAGAUUAUAAUGAAGAACAAGUAGCAACAGUUUUCCUGAAGGAGUUUUAUUUGAGUGAUCUCAAUGUAACCCGUCCAAAGAUUCCUCCUGCAGUUUUUUUCUUUCUUUUUACGAUUUACGUAGCUGACCCUAGAUAAGUCAGGAAAUAUGCAGGCCUUUGUAUUGUCUAGAGAUUUAUUUUUCGUAACCUUGUUUGUGUACACCACUUUCCUACUGUGUAGCAGAGAUAAGGUUCUUAUCAACUGAAUCUUCUCCGUCCAUCAAAACGCGAAAAACGAACUUGGCCAGUAUCCAGGUAUCUUGACCUCACACUUGGAAAAUCGCGUGAUGUUUUAGAACAUUAAGGAAUAAUAAGCCACACGAUCACGAUCUGGAAUGUGCAUUUGGCUGGUCACGCGAUUUUUUAUGAUUUAUAUAGUACUUUUCAGUUAAAUUACCAGAACCUUGAAACUUGUGUUCAGCAAUCAACGUGAUUGGAAUUCCUGCAUUAAUUUCCAGUGUUGUUGUUUUCGUAAAACUUUUAUUUUACGUUCUGGACCGAGUCGUUCGAGUAGCCCUGGGUUAAAUACAAACAGAGCAUGGUAACAAACCCUGUGAGCUUGUCCAAAAUAAAAGACUUAUUAAUGACGUGGUAACGGGUUUUUACCUAAUAACCCCUACAGAUUUGAUUAAAUUUACUGAAAUCUUCGGAAUUACCCGAGUGUACCGAUAUUCAAACGACUGUGGAUCAAUUAAUAUGAUUCUUUAGCCUAGUUCAUUUCAACUUUAAUCCCUAGGUGUGGGAACUUUUCGGAAAGUCUAAUAUGAGCGCUCGGCUAGCUGUGCUGGCCCGCUUUACCAUGUUGUCUCGGCUCAUACCUUCUUUCCUCAUACAAUUUUCAGUCUGUUUAUGCAAGAGGGUGGGCUGGCCCGCUGCCGAGAUCUCAGAUGCUCAAACUGCAAAACUGCGAGCGGGCCAUCCUACCUUCUCAUAUAAACAAGGCGAUGUUAUGAGGAAAUAUGGCAUGAGCCGAACCGCCUGGCUAAUUGGCAUAGCUUAUCUCAAAUAAACGGGACCUAAACUGGAUCUCCAAAUUAUUAAUUGUUAGAGGAUCAUACAAAUGUAAUUCUCUCUUAGGGCCUGUUUACAUGGAGGUGGGGGACCCCAGAUAGGUGAGGUAACAUGUGGCGGGUCACCCCACCUAUCAUGUAAUCGUGAUCAAAUUAAAAUGAGAGAUUAUGUGGACUGGCUGGUUACCCCACCUAAGCGGGUUACCUCACCUACCUGGGGUCCCUCACCUCCACGUAAACAGGCCCUUAAUGUUCAUUGAAAUUCUGGUGCAGUUAAAAAAGCAUGCAGUUAUGAUUAUUUAUCAGCCUUGACUGUCCCAUAUCUUAUGUUUCUGGGCGCUUGUGUUUCACAUUCUAAAGUUAGGAACUUCAAAUAAGCGACUAUCAAAUACUUUAUGCGAAACGUUUAACUGUAUUCCUGUUUUUCUAAUUAAUAGUUUUUUUUUCGUUGCAGGAUAGCAAAGACCAAAUAAUGACCUGUAAUAUUUGGGUUCGGCAGGUAUUUUUACAUUAAUUCUGUCUAAAUCUGAUCCAGAGAGAAGCAAGGAGACUAAGUCCUUGAUUUCAUGUUUCAGUGAGAUAUAGUGACUUAGAAUGUAUAAGGUUUGGAAUUUUUACAGUUUUGGUUUCUCUGAAUGUUACCUUCCCAGCAGUUUUUAAAAAUCAGGUUGAAUAGCAUGAUUGUAUUCUAAAACGUACUCUUUUUGUCGUUCAAUAGUUUUGGACCAACAACCGACUAUCGUGGGACCCUGAUGAGUUCGAGGGAAUCACUGUCAUCAACGUCAGUCCUAAGAUUGUUUGGAAGCCUGAUAUUCUUCUUUAUAACAAGUAAGACUUUUAGAUCGAACCUCAUUCUUCAAGUAUGAAAUACAAUAUUUAUCACUUGAGUAUUCCAAUCAACUUCGUUGUCUUGCAUUACUUAUGAAGUGGUUUAUGACAAACGUCAGUGCUGUGGAAUUAACCUUAGUCCUAAGAUUGUGUGGAAGCCUGAUUUUUUUCUUUAUAACAAGUAAGACUUUUAGUUCCAACCCCAUACUUCAAGCAUGAAAUAUAAAAUUUAUCAUAUGAAUAUUCGAAUCAGCUCUUGUUGUCUUACAUUGCUUAUGAAGUGGUUUAUGUUUUGCUUUAUUGUUUCAUUAUCAUUUUGAAAUUUGCAUUAAGUAUAUACACAGAAUUUAGAAAGAUGAGGCAAGCGAGCCCAUGGAAGCCAAUAAGGCUUAUGAAAGCGAUCACCUUUAAAAUAUGACUUAAAUACUUAAAUAAAAUACUUGUAUAAGCAAGACAAUUUAACUAAACACAUAUAGUUUCUUCACAACAUAGAAAACAAUCAUUAAAUAGGAUAAGAAUAGAUAAGGCUGAACGUGUAAAAAUAAUGCAAAAAUACGAGUAAAAAAGCGAAAGAAGCGAAAAAGUACACGUAAGCAUUAAGAGAAGUAAACUAUGCUUAUACCAAGAAAAAUGACUUUAGUUCAAUUUGCUAGAGGAAUUCUGAAUUCCAGAGCCAGGGAAAUUAAAUAUUUUGGGCCCUUGAAAAUGCAGUAAAAAUUUACAGUACGUCACAGUUAAAUAAAAACAUGUCACAAAAAACAGGAUUGGCAUGUGCAUCAAAAGAACUCCUGGAAAUUAUUCUAAUCACACGUUUUUGAAGGGUAAUCAAACGUUUAGAUUUGACUGAUAAGUUGAGCCCCAAACACUCGCACCGUAAUGUAAAUAAGGACAAACUGAACUAUAAUUAUAGUGAGUACAUAAGGAGGUCAUAUUAAGGCGGAACUUGAUUUGUAAAUAAUGCCUACUGAUUUGGAGACUUUUCUUUCUACCUUCUUGUAUUUGAGGUUUCAAAGAUUCCGUGGUUUUGAAAAAUAAGAAGAAAAGAAAACAAUGCAGCGGUAAAUUCCUUUUUAAGCAGCCAGGGCUCCCCCCGGCCAUUACGUUUCUCUACAGUCCUAGAGUGGGGCUCAUUUCCUCUCCCCCUUCCCCUCUCCUAUAUGCUACUGAGCCCAAUACAUAUUCGGGCCAGGUUGCGCGUGAACGUUUCUGAAACUAAGGCAAUUAAAAUCUUAAGUAAGUGGGCUGGGCAUCUUUACGUUGUUAUUUCAAAAUAUGGCUUCGAACAGAAACGGUUCCAUCGUAAGAAACCUGGCUUAUAUAAACAAACAAAUUGAAGCAAAUUAAAGCAUAAUUUUCUUUAAUUAAUCGAACAUUCAUGACAAGCAAUUUCAGGUACUCCUGAAAAGAUGUUAUACCACCUCGUUCUUAGAAAUACAAACGUUAAUGGUUUAUACCAAAUCCCAAAACAUUACUUAGCACAUUACCUUCAGAUUGAUAUUAGUCUAUUUGAAACACAAAAAAAAACUGUUGUGUAUUUCGAUCAUUCAUGCUAAAGUACCAAAUAUAAUCAUUUCUCAGACGUCCUGCUAGCAAAGCGAUUAAUGUUUCCAUUUCGUCUUCAUAAGCAAGAUGGGCAAAAUAUUUUAUUAAUAGUUUCAGUCAAUUUAAGAUAACCGACUGGGAGAACGUGAGAUUAUCAUAGCCAAUAAAUAAAAGGCGUACAUAUUUCCUCAAAGUUAUUUUUUACUUGCUCUAAUAAAAAAAGAGAAAGACUGUGUGUGAAGUCUUAAAAAACAUUUAGCGCUGGUGAGUGUUUUAAGACUGGAUAAGACCACAAAUUGUGAGUCUAUCGACAGGCUUUAAAAUCUUUCAUGUAAACUCGUCCUUUCUUCUUCUAAUCUUCAAGGUUUAUUAUGUUUCAGCAAAUGAAGUGGAGCUAAAACCUCCGAUGAAACUCGUCAAAGCUCAAUUGCUUGUGAAUUUUCUUCGGCAGAGUAAAUAAUUAAUGUAUUUUCGAACUAGAGAACUAAAACAUGUUCUGAAAAUACUAACCACAGAUUUUGGAUAGUGUUAUAAAAAAAUUACAUCGUUGAAAAAGGGUAGAAGACAUCGACGUGUGGAAUAUGAGUCUAAUGUGGCAAAAAUUCGAGGUUUCCUCAUUAAAAUGUCUUUUUAAACUUUCGUAAUAUGGUAUCUUUACCAUCCGCCUUUCAGUUUCAGAGUCUCUUAGGAUAAAAAAAACCUUGGUUAUAGACACAGAAUAGGGCUAGCUAGACAUUCGACAAAUGUGAAUAUCAAGCCAGAAUUUUAUGCUUCGGUAAUAUUUCGCGAUUUAUACGAAAACCAGUACGACUGGUUUUCAGCCCGUCUCCUCUUAAAGCGCCAAAACAAUAUAGAAAUAAUGAAAAUGAUCGAGACUUUUCCUGCUGCAACUGGUUAUUCCUAGCCGUGGGCUGCAUCCGUUGUUUAUCUUCAAUUACCGUAAAACUCAUCAAGGUUUUGGGAUUUUCCCUAUGCAGUGCACUGACUGUAAAGCGGUGACGUCAUUGCAUAUUUCACAUUUAUGUAGCGAGAAUUACUGCUAGUUUAUACACGGAUAGAUUUGCGCUCUUUUUGACCAUUUCUGGACACAGACGAUAGCUCCAAUAUUUUAUUUAUUAUAAGUCUUUUGCAGGAUAAGUGAAACUAUUAAAGGUGUUACCUUUCUCCCUAGCUUAGAUUUUUUUUGUAUGACAAAAUCACGAACUCUUUUAAUUAGUACUGACUGCUUGCAUCCAAAUAGGUUUAUCAAAAGCUUAAAUAGCUGUAAUUUUCUACCAAUACCGGCUAAUACCCCUCAUAAAAGCUUUGUUCAAAUCUGUCAGGGCAAAACCAGUUAAAAAGCAUUGCUCACCAAUGAACUUUAACCAGCUGAACGGAUCUUUUUUCCCUCCAUCAUGCUUUCAACUAGAUCAUUUUUACCUGUUGUUUUCCUAUGUCACAAUCAAUAAACUAAAACUUCCUCAAAGCUGCGCCCGGUUUUGGUCUGCGGGCGCUCAGUAACCGUUAAUUUUUGAUGUUGAGCGAAAGACUGGGACGAUGUUGGGUCGAAUUGCACCAUGGGACUGCCCUGGUUUUUCAUUGGCUUUUGCAAUGUCGUGCAGAAAACUGGGGAAAAUUUCAUCCCCAAAGACAGUCCCAUAGAGCCUUUCGAACACAACACUGAGCCAAGCAACUUGACUGAAAUGACUCAUUAUCGCGGACAUAAUCUAGCCUAAACCAGCAGAAGACUAUAUGUGUUAAAUGCCAACACAAGCGAACUGUCGAGUGAUCAGUUUUAUUCACAUUUAUUCAUGUUUUAAGGUGUUGGUAUUCCACAGGGGUGUUAUUUGCACACUUUCUCACCGACUGAAGUAAUAAAUAAAGGUGUAUUAUUGAACUGAAUGAAUGCUAGGUGCAUACCAGACAGCUUUGGCGAAAGUAAGUGUUUUUGGACUACUCACUUGCGCAAAAAAAUAUAUUUGAGUCACUCUUUUGAAAAUUCAAAUAUUGGUAAAAAACGUUGCAAUGAUGAUUAUAUUCCGGGCUUUUUCGUCAACAUUAAUUUCCCUUUUUUCCAUUCAAUUUCUUUUCUGUCGUGCCCGAAUUCGGCCUGAAACAAAACAGGCCAAGAAUUCCUAUCUCACCUUAUUUAAUACCAUAACUUUUUUAAAAACAAAUAUUUAUUACAUAGUCGCCAAAUUGGAUUUUUUCUAAAGGAGUUAGUCCAUGACAUUUUGCUUCAUUGUUAAAAUAGUAAUGGCGCUCCUUUAAGCGAUUUGGACAGCUGUUAUUUUCGUUAGCUCUAAUUAGGAACAAACGAAACAAAUAACAGUGGAUUUUCAGAUGUGCAAAGUGAACAGCAAAAAUGCAUGCUUUGGGUCAUCGCGACUUUCUUUCCGUUCCUACUUUUGAUUUAAUUUGGUUUAUCCCAUUUGAGGAAAUUACUUCAGAGAACAGACAAUGAAAACAAUACCUACCCCUACAACUCCAAUGUUGGUACCGUCAACUUAGCAACAUUUUGUAGUGGAAGUGGAGAAGAGAAAGCCAUUAAUUGUACCUAUUAAGGAAUAAGAAAUUAUGGAGUUAAGUCUAGAAAUCACUUGUUUUGGCAUUCACUGCAUUACAGCAUCUAAACGUCUACUUGAAAUAACAUCUCUAGAUGCAUGGAACGUUCAAGUGGUCCAAAAUUUCCCGUCAGAAUAGACUUGUGACAAAACGUUUGCUCGGAAUACGGUCAAAGGAACACAGUAUUGGAGAUGUCCUUUAGGACAAAGUGCCUCUCCUCAUUAUAACAUCGAUUAUUGAUAAUUUUGGUUUAUUUCUUGACUCAUUUCGUUUUUUUCUAAUUCUAAAAUUGUCCACCUGGCCUUAUUUUAGAGAUGGAUGCCCAACAACCAUUAUCCUAUAAUAGAGUCUUUAUCUCGCGAAGAAACCUUGGUUUGAUUUAUCCGGGAUCAACUCUAUCUAACUUUUGACCUAGGCCACGUGAAUCUACGUUCUGCGAACGCCGUCUUCUGAGCGCAUGCUUGGGGAAUUAAUACAUAACAUCUUGAAACACAAUUGUUUCCAGCUGCUUGAAAACUAUAGGCAGUUGAAAUUUACUUAAACAGGCUUUGAACAUUAUCUUUCAAGUGCCUGUUGAGCGAUUAGAAUGUUGCAACGCAAUUACUUACGGCUGUAAGGACUGUUAAAAAAAAUCGUUCAAGAAAAAAUUAGAUUAACACUAGGCAUGUCCGUUAUUUCAUGACCGUGCAUCAAAGCUACCAUCUUGUAGUUUUUCUUUCUUUUUCUUCUUUUCUCAUGUAUUAAAAAAAAUGCGUGAAAUGCAUACAUGCAUGGACGUACGCAAAAGUUCUUACGAGAACUCUAAAUAAACGUGUCGUUUGGGCCUUCGCCGAGACGAUGCAAUUGAGCAAUAUAUACCACACAAUUUUAACAAUAGAUUGCCGGAAAAAGUAACGCGGAUCAUAAAAAUCAUGUACAUGUCCACAACGAGAGAGUUAAAACCGAAAUCGAAGUCUUCUCAGUGAACGUCACGUCUUGGUCUUGGAUUUGAUAAGAAGAUAAGUUUUGGAUCACAGCAAGUUAAAAAAGAGUCUCGCUGUCUCCCUAAGUAUCGAAUUUUUAAUUCUCUCUUAAUUUCAAAGCUUAUGUCAGCUUAAAACGCCGACUCAGCAAAUAAUGCUCGCAUGACCUAGUUAUAUCGAGAAAUAAUAACUUCCAAUUUUAAAAAAGUCAAAAAGUGUGUAACUAGCUAACAGUGCUACUGUAUAUCGUAAAUAUCAUUAUUAUAUGGCUGAGUCUGUUUUCGGCAUGCGAUUGGUCAAUUUGCGGUCCGUAACUUGCUAUACAGACCAAAAUUUUUAAAGAAAAUGCUCAUUUCGGAGGUCUAAAUCUCUUUACCUCGGAAAAAUGUUUAAAUAAAGUUAUAAGACGCCUGUCAACCUUGAGGACUUGGAUGUUGACUUUGGCCUUCAACAUUUUAAACUGUGUUUAUUUGUGAACGAAGGCGAUGAAGAAACUAACUCGUAAUCUCGUCGAAGAGGAUUCUAGUCAGUGUUUGAAAAUUUUAUCGUAGUACACAGUUAAGAAGACGAAAAUCGACUGGCAGAGAUUCGAGAUGUUUUGCCUAAGAGAAAAUGAGUAAUUCCUUCAACAAAUAUGAUAGCAAACAUACCUGCACCCGAUCAUCUUGACAAGCUUCUUUGCCAUUUGCUGUGUUUUUUCAAAGACCAACGAAAGAAAGAUAGAAGCGAGUUCGAGCCAGACACAAUAAUAGGGCCAUUUAUACGAGGAAAAAUAAGACGCGUCUUACAUAAGACGCGUCGUAAAUAAGACGCGAACUUUCCGUAUAAACGGCACAUUUCGUGUAAAUUAAGACGCGGCUUAGCUAAGACGCGGCUUAUUAGAUAAGACAUGCUCGUAUAAAUGGUACAGUUCGCAUCUUAUGUAAGACGCGUCUUAUUUUUCCACGUAUAAAUGGCCCUAAUGUCCAGUUUUCAAAAGACUCUAGCGUCACAUUAACGAGUGAAUACUUACAGUGCUCUUAGUUUCCACCGAAUAAACUUUGAAAUAUGUAUGUAAACCCUGAGGACCGGGAUGUUGACUUUGCCUUUUCAAAUUUUAACCUAGCUUUGUUUUAAUGAGAACGAAGCGGUUGUAGAAACCGAAUCGUAACCUUACCAAAGAAGAGAAUUCUAGUCAGUGUUUGAAAAUUUUAAUGCAGAUCACAAUUGAAGACGAGAAUGAACUGGCAGAAAGGAAGGAAGGUUUUCCCAAAAACAAUUAACGAGCGAAUCCUUCGACAAUGACAACAAAGUUAACUUGAACAGCUUAUUUGCCUUUUGCAGUGUUUUUUCACAAGGACAAACGAAGGAAAGAUGGAAACGACUUCUAGACAGACGCAGUGUCCGGUUUCCAAAAUACUCCAGCGUUACAUUAAAGAGCUAGAACUUACAGUGUUCUUAGUUUUGACCGAAUAAACUUUUUUAACAUGGCGAAUUUGUUUUCACUUUCUCGGAAAGCCUUUGUUAUGUGCUAUUGUUUUCGUGUGACACCUGUUAAAUGACUGUCAAAUCGUGCGUCCUGCACUGGACAGGCUAAGUUUGGGUUUGAUGCGGUCCAUCUCAUUACCAGUUAACCCUUUAAGCCCCAAUAUCCACAAGCAAAUUCUCCAAACUGAUCUCUAUACAUUUCUUUAAAGAAUAAUUUGAGAGAAUUUGAGAAAAGAUCAAAGCAUUUUCUCUUUGGUGAUCAUUUAAUUAAUUCUCAUAACCUAAUCUCUUGAUAUUGUAUGGAUAUCGUUAGGAGAAAAUUGAUGUUGGUCACUGUCGGGACUUAAAGGGAUAAAAAGAUGUUGGCGGUUUUUACAAUUCUGUCGCAUCUGCUCAGUAAAUGUUGCAUGUAGUGUGCACGACAUGUUAAAGCGUAUGGCUUUCUUGAGUGAACAAUUUUGUGAGCAAUAUUGCAGCCCAUGUUGUGGCAUCUGUCCAAGCCUUAAACUAUAAAUGGCGUUUCACAUCUUACAUUUCAUAAGUACUUGCGUUUGUUCAAGCCUUCGCUCCUUUGAAAAUCCACAGGAUGCCCAGAGUCUUGCAACUUUGAAAUACCGGGUGCCCGGUUUGAGGUGCGGUGCAUGGUUAGAAGGCAGCUCUGGUGUUAAUUUUGAUUUAUAGCUGAUGAAUGCUAGUAGUGGCCAAACGGAAUAUUGUACUUAAACUACUCUUUAUUCUCUUCGCUACAUUUUGUCUAACAGUUUCGCGUUAUUUCAGCAUAAACGGCGUCGGGAGAGAAAUGUACAACUUUGACACCAAGGUAAUCCUACAUCACGAUGGCCGAAACGAGUGGUUCGCGCCAACAGAAAUCAAGUCUAUCUGCAAGAUCGACAUUACAUUCUUCCCUUUUGAUGAACAAACGUGCUUUUUAACUUUUGGCUCUUGGACCUACAACAGUCAACACUUGGAUCUUGCGCUUAAGAACAACACCGCUGACCUGCAAAAGUACACCCGUAAUGGCCAAUGGACCUUAGUCUUCGUAAACGCCACGAAAAAUACAGUUAAGUACAGUUGUUGCCAGCAUCCUUUCGUCCACAUAACAUUUACCGUACACAUUCGUCGUCGGCCUUUGUUUUACGUUCAAAACUUGAUUCUACCUUGUAUAUUACUGGCUAUUCUGUCAGUGUUUUCGUUCUCUCUGCCGCCUGGUUCUGGGGAGAGAAUUGCUUUGGUCAUCACGUUACUUCUUGGACUUACCGUUUAUAUGUUGAUUUUCACUGAGAACAUUCCUCAAACAUCAGAGGUCACACCUUUAAUAAGCAAAUUCUUCAUCGCCAUUUUGUUUGAAGUAGCCGUCUGCCUGAUCGGAACAUCGGUCACCCUUCGAUUUUACCAUUUCAGUGACCCGGAAGAAGAAAUUCCCGCUUGGGUUGAUUUCUUUGUAUUUGGCUGUCUGGCAAGGGUGUUGCGAAUGAAACUGAACGUCAAGUCAUCCGAAAAUCGAGAAACCAUCAGAUCGAAACGACAGUCCAAGGGUGCGACGUUUUUAAGUAAAUUAUUAAUCUGCAAAGGAGGUGCACAUGCUUCGUUGAGCGGCAGCCAGAUGGAGGUGAAAAAGUGCUGUGAAUUGAGGAAUCCUUUGGAUAAACGACUGGAGGAAACUACCCACAAAAUUUGCGAUAUCUAUGGAAGGGUUGUCGAGCAGGAGAACGUGGCAGGGAACAAAGACAAGUGGCAUUUUGCUGCGUCUGUUAUUGACCGGUUUUUCCUCAUCCUGUCGGGUGUGACAAUUUGUCUCUCUGUUAUCACUUUUUAUUUUAUGAUUCCAACAUACGAAGGACAAAAGGUGAUCACCUAG